GGCUGUCGCUGAUGCGGCUACGGGCAGAAAGAGCCCCACUCUGAAACAGUGCGGCAGUUUGAGGACACUCCUCAACAACAGUUGUUUUUCUAUCAAAUAAACGGAUAUCUAAUCACAACACGCAGCUGAAUUGAUGGAGGAGGAGAAGCACACAGCAGCUUACAUAAUGUGGAGGUUUAAUGAGCUGCAUCAUCCUCCUUACCAAAAUGGACCCAUCAGUCUCAUCAGGUCCAAACAGAUUGGGAGCUAAAAACACAUAUACACACAUCCAGUCCAAGUGUAUUCAGCCGAGGUCCUGAGACAGAAUAUAUGCUGGGAGCUCUCACUGCAACUGUCCGUUUAAUUAUUGAUGAGCUCAGGGGGAAAAUGGAGAAGCAUCAAAAAGAUGAGUGAAACCUGCAUGUGUGUGUGUGUGUUUGUGUGUGAUUGUGCUGCCAAAGAUGGGACCACCACAUGGAGCAUGGCAAAAAACGUGAUUUGUCUCCCCAGGGGUUUCUGUGUACAGGCCAACUCCACGCUGUAAAAAAUAUCUGCUGCAUAACAAACAUUAUAGUCACUGCAAAAAAAGUGUGAUUCAUGAUACUUCAGUGCAGAUUUAAAGCUGAUAUAUAUGAAGUCGUUUUGGUUAAAGGAUUAUGUAACUUUUCUGCAUUUGAAUGUUUAAAAAUGACUAGACCUAUGUUAUGUAUCCUGCAGUAAAUCGUCAAUUCAUAAAUGUUAUUCAUUGAAACUGUUUCUGAGACUUUAUGGUGAUUUUGUAUAACAGAAAGAUCCCUGUUUUUGCUGCAGACCAGGCAGAGAAAGAGUUAACUGGCUCGAUUGUUUGGGAAGCAGCGAGAGAGAGAGUAAGGGGUGAGGAAGAGGGAGAGAGAGAGAGAGAGAGAUGGAAAGCAGAAGGAAGAGUAGAGGCCGAGGGCUGGCUGCGGUCUCUCUCUGCCUUGUGACGGCGUCUGCAGCGUGAGUUUGUUUACAUCCAUCGGCAGCAGACAGAGCAGAGCAGAGUGGACGUCCUCGGGUUAUGAACUUGCUGCUGCCCUGUUUGGAGGAUCACUGAACCUGGAUCAGCUUACUUCCUCUUCUCCUUCAUCCCAUCUGUAGACUAGAGGUGAACUGUUUUCUGGAGCAGCCGUGGAUCUGCACAGGAAGAGGGGCUCAUCACAUGGGAGUGUGUGACUGUGCGCGUGAGGGUGUGUGUUCAGGCCUCCUGCCGUCGCCCGCUCUUCCCAGACAGGCAUGGCGGGGGGCAGAGAGCGCGUCUCCCGGGUGCAGAGGCCGUGGUCGGUGUACCGGGCCAACACAUUCGAGCUGUCCAACGAGAUGAUCGGCCUGGCCCUCGCAGGAAAUAGUCAGGACCCAGAUGAGCCUGUGCUGGAGUUCAGUGUGGCCUGCACAGACCUGGUGACUCCUGCUUUGGAUCGAAAACCCAACAGCUUUGUAGCAGUGAGCUGCACGACACCGCCGCAGGCCUUCUGGACCAAACAUGCGCAGACUGAAGUCAUAGAGGGCACCAGUAACCCCAUCUUCCUCAGCAGCAUCGCCUUCUUCCAGGACUCCAACAUCAACCAGCAGACGCAGGUGAAACUGGCCAUCUAUGACGUCAAGGAUCGCUCGCAGGGCACGAUGUAUAUGUUGGGCUCAGCACUUUUUCCUGUAAAAGAGUUGUUGCAGGAGAAGAGCCACAGGUUACAGCUUGAACUGAGAUCAGCAGAGAACGAGCGGGUGGGGAACAUCACCAUAGCAGCGUGGCAGAUGGAGGACAGAACGGAUCAGAGGAUGUCGGUCGGCCGCCUGCCAGACAGUGUCAACGGCCGGACGGUGCUGCCUGUUGACGAGAGCCUCACAGAGUCGAUGGGAGUCCGAAUCAAGUACGCCUCGCUAUGCAAAGACACCCUGCUGCGCUCAGUGUUUGGAGGCACGAUGUCUAGGAUGUACCGCUUCCCCACGACGGAUGGGAACCACCUACGGGUGCUGGAGCAGAUGGCUGAGAGCGUCCUGUCGCUAAACAUUCCCAGACAGUUUGUCAAACUGCUGCUGGAGGAGGACGCCGCCAGGGUCUGUGAGCUGGAGGAGCUGGGAGAGUUAUCACCCUGCUGGGAGAAUCUGCGGCGACAGAUCGUCUCUCAGUACCAGACCAUAAUACUCACAUACCAGGAAACACUGUCAGACCUCAAUGACUACAGAGGUCCAUCAUUCAAAGCCAGUAACCUGAAGGCAGAGAGGAAGCUGGAGUUCAUGCCAACCAACCUACACGUUCAGAGGAUGAGGGUGCAGGAUGAGCUGGGCUUCGAACACACUUAUGAUGUGAUAACAAUCGGAGCUCCAGCCGCUCACUGCCAGGGUUUUAAAAACAGCGGUCUGAGAAAACUCAUCCAGAAGUUUGAGGAGGCAAAGAAACACAUAUAUGAGGAGGGAUGCAGUGCCCUCUCCAGCUCACAGUCCAUCGUCUACAUACCCCAGGAUAUCGUCCGAGCCAAAGAGAUCAUCUCCCACAUCAACACACUGAAGACUCAGGUCAGCUACUACGCAGAGAGGCUUUCCCGAGCUGCCAAGGACCGAUCGGCGAGCGGAUUGGAGAGGACACUCGCUAUUCUGGCUGAUAAGACUCGUCAGUUGGUGACUGUGUGCGACUGUAAGCUGCUGGCUUCAGCUAUUCAGGCCCUGAACGCAGCACGGCCUGAGUACAUCGCCUCCAAAGCGUCUCCUUCCGCCGACUCAGAGCAAGUAGUCCUCCGGAAUGACCAGGACACGCUGCUAGCCAAGUGGAGCGGUCGCAACAGCCGGUCCUCGCUGCAUGUAGACUGGCAUGAAGAGGAGUGGGAGAAGGUUUGGUUAAAUGUGGAUAAGUCUCUGGAGUGCAUCAUCCAGCGUGUUGACAAGCUGCUUCAGAAAGAGAGGAGACCCAGUGACGCCAGUCAGGACAGCACCCAGAGCGACCUGCAGAGCAGCAGCAGUAAGAAAGGUAACGGAAAAAGACGAGCUUUCUGGAUCAACCCAGGAAGUAUGUCUCAGGAAUCUCCAUCAUUACCAUCAUCAUCAUCCCCACUUCCACCAUCAUCAUCAUCACCUCCCCGAUCAUCAUCACCACCACCAUCCUCUUCCUCCCCGCCUGCCCUCUCCUCUGCACGUCCUCCCAGCCCUGAACAAGAAUCCUAUGGAAGCCCCAGUGCUGAGGAGGCGUACCCAGGUGAAUGGAGCGAGGCAUUGUACCCCCUCCUGACCACGCUCACAGAGUGCGUCACCAUGAUGAGUGACAAGGCCAAAAAGUCCAUGGUCUUCUUGCUGAUGCAGGACAGCGCUCCGACGAUAGCCAUGGACCUGUCGCUGCAGUACCGCCGCGACGUCGUCUUCUGCCAGACGCUCACCGCUCUCAUCUGCGGCUUCAUUAUCAAACUGAGGAACUGUCUCCGUGACAACGGAUUCCUCCGACAGCUCUACACCAUCGGCCUGCUGGCUCAGUUUGAGUCCCUGCUCAGCACCUACGGAGAGGAGCUGGCCAUGUUGGAGGACAUGAGCGUCGGCAUCAUGGACCUGCGUAAUGUCACCUUUAAGGUGACCCAGGCCACCGGCAGCUCAGCACCCGACAUGCUGCCGAUCAUCACCGGGAACCGUGAUGGUUUCAACGUCCGCAUCCCGCUGCCGGGAACCAUGUUUGACGCAUUGCCGCGGGAGAUCCAGAGCGGCAUGCUGCUGAGGGUUCAGCCGGUUCACUUCAACGUCGGCAUCAAUGAACAGCAGACGCUGGCUGAGAAGUUUGGAGACACGUCCCUGCAGGAGAUCAUAAACCUGGAGAGUCUGUCCAGACUAAAUUCAUACUAUGAACAGUUCAAAGAAGUCCUGCCUGAGGACUGCCUGCCAAGGUCUCGUUCUCAGACUUGUCUUCCUGAGCUGCUGAGGUUUCUGGGGCAGAACGUUCACGCAAGGAAGAACAAGAACGUGGACAUCCUCUGGCAGGCGGCCGAGAUUUGUCGCCGGCUGAAUGGGGUUCGUUUCACCAGCUGCAAAAGCGCCAAAGACCGCACGGCCAUGUCAGUGACCCUGGAGCAGUGCCUGAUCCUGCAGCACGAACACGGCAUGGCGCCGCAGGUCUUCACACAGGCCCUCGACUGCAUGCGCAGCAUUGGGACGAGGGAGGGGGUGAUCCAGAAGAACCUGAGCGGCUUGCUGCCGGUGCGUGACUUCCGGCUGGACCCCAGCCUCCUGUACUCGCUGCCCCUGCUGGCCCUCAGCCCCAACCUCCUGGUGGUGUGGAUCUUCCUCAGCGUGGCCUAUUUCCUGGCCAAACUCCGCUGCAGCUGAACAGUCACGGGCGGCUAAACAUAACGCACGGUCCAACGUUUGUGAGGAGGGGUGGGAAUACUCCACACUGACUCCCGGGGUGUAUCUGAAACUGUGCCACUGUCCUGUGAGUGUGUGUAGUUCAUGCACACUGAUACUGUACAGUAUGUACACACUGUCCCACCCUGAAUAAGGGCUUUACACUACCAAUGCCCCAUUGAUCAAGGGCCCUGCCCUGCCCUCUUUUUUUUGUUUGUUUUGUUCAUGGACACUUCCUGUUUUCUUUUUUUUUUUUAGCUUGGAGGGACUUCACAUGGUUUACAGGCCUGGAAAAGUGUUGUAAUUUACUUUAUGAGACUCAAAACGUUCCAUAGAUUUGACAUCAAGACUACGUCCACACUAAGCUGGCUAAAUCUAGAAAGAUCAUGAACCAUAACGUCUCUUUAUUUUCCAUCUGAAAACUACAAAACUGUGCAUUGUCUCAGCUGCACAAACCUCCUGCUCGUAUCACUUACUGUGUUUUAAUACAGUCAAACUAAGUGAUCUGUUUCUGUCAGUGGUGGAAAGUAACUUAUUCUAGUACUGUGCUUAAGUACAAUUUUGAAGUAGUUUACUUGCAAUUUAUGCAACUUAAUACUUGUACUGCACUACAUUUCAGGAGCAAAUAUUGUAUUUUUUACUCCACUACAUUUAUCCGAAAGUUAAAGUUACUUUGUAAAUUAUGAUUUUACGAACAAACACAAAAUAUGAUGCAUCGUUAUAGAUUUAACAACCACAGUGUUUGAAGUCAGUAAAGUUUCAUUAAAGUGCUGUGUACCUGUUAAAGCCUCAUUUAUAAUACUACAAUAAUAUGAAAUAAAAUCCUGAAAGGGGCCAUUCAGCCUAAUGAGGACUUUUACUUUAGAUACUUUAAGUACAUUUUGCUGAUUAACUUUUGUACUUAAGUAAAGUUUUGAUUGCAGGACUUUAACAUUUUUACAGAGUGGUAUUGCUACUUUAAUUUAAGUAAAAUAUACAAAUUUUUCUUCCACCAUUUAAUCACAGGUCAGUCAUUAUUUUAUGAUCACAAAGCUGCGAGACAACUUAAAAUAAACAGAGGUUAAAAUUGUAAUCCUUAAGAUUUCAGUCCUGGUGGAACGAUCGCGGAUCUCUGUGACAAAUUUCCUGUGACUGCUUCACAAUAAAAGUCAUUCUGUGUUUAAGCAGAGGAGCACAAAAACACAGCUCUCAAAAACAAGGGAAAAAAGCAAUAAAAUAAGGAAAUGUUUCUUGAAAUAAUCAAAAGUAUCUGCAAAAAGAACAAGCUAAUUUCAUUUGCCAAUGUUUGAAAAACUUUUUGCUGAUUUUAAGUUAUAUUUGUCCCAUUUAAUUGUCUUUUUUUGUUUGUUUUUGAGAGCUGAAUUUUAACAUUAGCUUUGUAAUUCUGGCAAUUCUAGUUUCAAGCAAUAACUUACUCAUAACCAGUGAUAAAAUCUCAGUAACAGAGUUAUAAUAUCUUAUUAACCUAAUUAAGCUUGAAACAAGUGAAAAGUUCUGACAUAAAAACUGCCCGAUAAGAAGAAGUAUCUAACACAAGCAUAUGUUGCCUUAGAUUUCACUUUUUGCAGUGUUGAAUGUGAAGAAGCAGCAGCUGAAAAAGGUUUCUAUCAGUAACAGUAGUAACUUAUUGAUACAGCGAACAGGCUGAUAUCAGUGACAUCAAAUAGUCUUUAUGUUUAUGCAAUUUGAAUCCAACCUGAAAGAAAACUACUACAAAAAGUAGUUACAGAUUAGAAAUACAUUGAGAGGCUAUUACGGAAAAAAAUCUUAAUUAGUGCUUCAUUAAUAAGGAUUACAGCUUUAAUGACCGCUAUAAAAUAACAAAACAAGACUCAAAAACAUCAGGCUGCUGCUUUUAAAAAAGCAAAAACCAAAACGUAUUCAGAUUCAGCCGGCUUAGUGUGAACAUAGAGUCAUUUCCUGUGAAAAAACUUCAGAGAUAAAAUAUAAAAAGUCUGGAUGAUUAUAACAGAUGGAGUUCAGGAUCCCUGUCUGCACACGUGGUUUAUGAUGAUGAACAAGAAUAAGGAUAUCAGACCCAAUGAGGAAACUUGAUGGAUCUUCACAUUUUUAGUGAAUAGUGCCCUCUAAUGGACAGAUUGUGCUCCACCCUUGAUGAUCUGUGUGACUGUGAGUGAGUUCUCUGCCUUAUUCUUCAUUAUAACAACACAAAACAGUCACUGGUAACAAAAAGAAAGUGACCGUUAGUAUAUUUCUGAAACAGAAAUUACCCCUGAGUUGUGAAUAUGUAUAAAAAUAAGCAGAUUAUACAUAAAGUUUUGUUUUCAGGAAAGAGUUAUUGUUGAUAGUAGCUAUCAUAAAACCUCAUUUAUAAUUUAAGCUUUGCACAAACAGCUGGCUUUUUCUUUUAGCUUGUUUGAUUUAUCAUUGUCUUCCAUGUGCUUUUGCACUUAAAACAAGCUCAAAUGCAGGAAACAGAAGCUUUUAUUUUGGUGCCAAAAUUAAGCAAGUCUACUUCGGCUUAUAUCUAUUUUUUCAGGCAGCAUUUGCUCGUUUUUAUUUCUUUAGGUCUUCCUGCUUUUCUAGACAGUAGAAGGAGGUUGUUUGCUUCUACGUCAGCCUGUGCACUUUCCAGCAGAUCUGGGUCAGUUAUUACUUAUCACUGACUGAAAUAGCCUUUGUUUAGGAAUUGUAUUAAUAUUAGGAAUGACUCAGUCUAGUCAAUUCAUUAUCUGUGUCACAGUAGCAGAUAAACUGAGGAUCAAAGUAUUUGAAAAUGUAUUUAUAGUCCUGUUUGCUCAGAGGUAGAUGAAGUGAACUCGCAUAAAUACAUCAGCCAGACUAAGAAGAAGCCUCUGCACUCUCCUCAUUGGGCCCACAGUACUUUAAAUACCAUGCAUACCUCGCAUUUGCAAAUGAACAGGCCAGAAAGCCAAAGGAUCAAGCCCCAUGACAACACACAUGACCCAUUUCCUAAAGAUAAGGAGCUGUGUGAAUGAAGGGCAGUAUGUGCAUUUUCCUGUGUAGCAAGUUGUAGCAGAAACAGGCAAAUACCCCGCCUUGAGUUUUAUAUUUGCACACUGUGUCUUCUCUGGUGGAAUCAACCAGGAGGAGCAAUGAAAUCACACCAAAUAAAAAUAUUUAGCUGUUGUAAACAGACAACUAAAAUGAAUUCUGCGCAUCCUGGAGUGUACUAUCCAUGUUUAUGUUUAACAGGUUAAUUGAUUAGUCAAAGAAAAUAAUCUGAACACUAGAUAGUUAAUUUAUUUGUUUCCUGCUUAGAUAUUUAUAACCUCCACUUCAUGAUUUUUUUAAAUUUAAGGCCACAAAGUCCGGCCCACAAAACACACACAUAAUAGUACAGUUGUUUCAUACUUUUAUUGAUUUUAAUGGCUAUGUGUAUUCCUGUGUUAGAAGAGACUGAAUUUAAUAUUAAUAGUCCACCUGUCCUUUAAAUUUAAAGGCCAUUUCCACAUUAUUCAAGUUUUUUCUUAGCUCCAGUUGCCCUUGGUCUCUUCUUGCCUGGCUGAGGUCUUAUUUAGAAGUUCACUUCAUUUCUAAAAGCAGUGACAUGUUUGAUGUAGACACCUCUUCUAUACUUUUCACUCCCUGAGAUCGAGUGUUUGCUUCCACCUGCCUUCAGGGCGGGAGCAUCCAACAAUGGCACCGUUUUUUGGGAACACUUUAAUUGGUCCCAGUGUGCCUCAUCAGUUACAGUAAGUCAGUAACUCAGCCCACAUCUGCUCUUCAGCUUCCAUGCCAAUGCAAUUCAAGAUUAGCUCUGUCUCGCCAAUUGACAAAGUGAAAUCUUUGUGCUCUUUAGGAUGCAGUUUCUAAUUGCCUAAUGUAGGAAUGUACGACUGUAGGAUAUUCAGGGGAAAUGUGUUUGAUUAUGCAGUGUAGUACGGUGGUUUCUACACCCAACAUUUAUCUGUACCUGUUUACAUUCAUCCAGAUGUUGAAUUUGUUGUUUUAACUACGUACAGUACACAAAGACAAACUGGUACAGAUUGCAGCUAUUAUUGUGAAUAUUAGCUUUACAGGGUCGAGUUGUGUAGAGUGAUAUGACGUGUUUACUUUGUUUAUAGUUAAGCUUUAAGAUGAACAAAUGAGAAAUGUGUCCACGUUUGUGCCAAACGCUCCCGUCAGGUUUUUAUCAGGUGAAUUCAGAUUUGUAGGAUCUGUGUUUUAAAGUAUGUGAUGUAUUUGUCUGAAUCCAGUCCACUUCCAGUUUAGUGUAGCCUUGAAAUGGGUAGAAAAUGAGUUAAAUUAAACUUAUUUCAGGCAUAUAAUCUGUCUUGUCUAUAAAGACAGUAAGAAAAAAUAUAAUUUCCUAAUUUAAUCCUGCAAAAGUUUGGCAUUUUUGCUUGAAAAAUGACUACAAUAGUCAACUACCAUAUUAAUUACAAUCAGUAUGUCCUCAGAUGGUUUCAGCUCAGAUCUCACAGCUCCAAACUGAUACUCUUGUUUGGGGAAGAAAAGAAUUUAAGAUGCUUUUGCUUACAUAUCAUGCACUUUUCAUAUCUUCCUAGAAAAUGUGUUAUUUUGUGAUGCUGUAUGUGUGUCACCUCUGAUAUUGUUGUAUUUUUGCAGCUAAAUACCGACUGAUAUUUUCAGCACAAAAUGAUACAAAAACAGCUUUUAUACCCUGAAUCAACACACCUAAAGAUAAGAAACCCAAAGUCCUCCGGUUACUUUACGCAUUGAAAACCUGCAUUGUAAAAUCAAUAUCUUAGCUUGUGAAGCGAAAUGAAAGAGUCAAGUCACCUUCCCGGAGUUUCGAGGGUCUGUCUCAUUAAAAUCGACCCAGUAAGGAAAUGGAUCAGGCCAAAAAUAUCCUCCUUUGGGAGUUUACCACACUCUGAUGACCCCUAAAACCUCAAACACACACACUACAGUAUAAUGAUUCAGGUGGUCCCACGUACAAGUAAUGUGAUUUUCUAAAAAGACUAGCUGUUUCCCCCGUUUUCAGUCAUUCUGCUGCAUUAAGCUAAUUGGCUACUAACUGAAAGCUAGCUUUGUAUUACAUUUAUAACAUUUUUUUUAGUAGUACUGUGUGUGACACUCUUGUUUAGAGCUACCUCUGUGAGACAGAAGUUACAGUAUAUGUUAAACUUAGAGUAUUAUAAUUACAUCUAAUAUAUAAAUGCAUAAUCACUGAGCAGCAGGGAUGUGAGGAAACGGUAACUGUUUGGUGUAAAGUGUUCAAGAAAAAGUCCCAGUGGAAUAAUAUUUUACAUUUUCGAUAAACUUCAGAUUAAUGCCCCAUAUUUAUAUGUGCAGUUACACUAAAGUGCUUCCUAAAAUAUUUAUUAAAACACAUUAUAUCAUUGACCUGAAAGAGAAAUAUCUCAAUUUUGCCAAUUCUUUUCUUUGUUUUUCCAGAUGUAUCAGAGAAUAUAUUUGUACCGCUGUAUAUAAAUUGUAUUUAAAUGCUUGUAUUGCCUAAAUGCUAAUGUUUGCUAUAUAUAUAUAUGGUCUUAAGUUAUUCCAAAGCAGAGUAUAAAUAUAUAUAUGAAUAAUCUAUACAAUGUGAUUACUAUGCUUGUGCCAUAACGGUCAUGCUGUGGUCACUUUAUGUGUGUGAUUACUGUGAUAUACAUAUGUAUGUGCUUUAGUUUAUCACAACUAUUAACUGUUAAUUUAAUUACUUCUCAUACUAAUCUGUUGACAUAUUAACAGUUUGCAUGUACUUUAAAACCCCUGAGCACUCCUGUUAUAUUAUUUGUAAUGUGUAAAUAAAAAUUGAUUAUGUUAAUAUCAUCAUAGAUACUGAACUGCAAACUGUUAUUAUGUUAAAAGGAAGUUAUUGCAUUAACAGUUGUAACAUGACACAAGUAGUUUCCUUAUAGCACUAAUCAAACUGAUGGAUUUCGGGGUCAGAUAUUAAAUUUUGUUUGUCUUAUGUGUUUUUUUCCCCACAUUUAUUUAUAAUCAGUGCUUUCCUUACGAGACUCAGCAGCAGUUUAAUGUCAAAAGCUUUAGCAUCGCUGUGUCCCAUGCUACACGUUGCACUAAAUGUACCACAAACCCAAGAAAACCUCCAGUCAGUGUGUCCUGAAAGCCACUGUCCUGUAAUAAAUGUUUUCUGCCUCCACCUGCAGAGUAUAAACAGGCUUCAAUGAUA